ACCUCGGAACCAGAAGGUGGUGACAGAAGAGGCUGGCGGAAAUAUCUUAAGAAGAAGUUGGAGAAGCAACAAAAGGAUUUGUUUGCUAUGAUGUCACAGCAGUACCGACCUUCGGCCGCCUCUCCCCCUUCUACUUCUACUAGGGCCCGAGAACCAAAGGCACCACCACCCUCCAAGUUCCAGGGCAAGGCAGAGCAAGUGGAAACUUUCAUCCGGCAAUGUGAGAAUGUGUUCUCCAUUGAGAGCCUGUCAUUCACCUCUGAGGAAGUUAAGAUCCGAUAUGCAGGCAACUUAAUGGAAGGAGAGGCAGCGAUCCGAUGGUAUGAGGCAUACCACAAUUCAAUUGAUCAAUCCUCUGCCAACCGUCUUGCUGGAAUGCCGGUGACUUUGGAUCAGAGAUGGAAGCGCUGGGAUUCCUUUGUGGAUGCUUUUAGAGCAGCCUUCGGUGAAGCCAUCUCUAGAGAUGAUGCUGUAACCCAAUGGAAUACCCUUACCCACACAGCCCGAAGAGGAAUUGAUCUCUUCCUGAAUACUAUUAUUCAGCUGAUGUGGAAGACUGGCUAUGAGGGUCAGUUGGUGGAUGAUAAGAUCAACAAUUCCCUCCUUGCGGACCUAGGCAUGAGUUGGGCUCUUUUCAAUCCCAAGCCAAAGUCCCUGAUGGAGCGAAUAGCUGCUCUAAGAGAGUUGGGGCACACCCAUGAAAGGUACCAAGGGAUGGCAGCUGAGAAAGCACCCCCUCGGACCAAGAAAGAUCCUCCCGCUCAAAAGGACCAGCAGCCUAAGAGGAAAAGAGAAGCUGUGAGCUCCUCCGGACCUCAGAAGACUCCUUGCGGCAAGUCCAGACACAAAUGGACCGAUUGUUGGUCCAAGGAACCUAUUGUUGUCCGAGUGGCAGCAGUGAGAGUACAAAAGCGGAAAAGAGGGAAUGGCAAGUCCAACUCCCAGAAAAAGGCUAAGGUGGCUGCUGUAGUAGCAGAAGAUCCACUUGUUGUACUCCCGGAGGUUACAGAAGAUUUUGUUUUUCAGCCUGAGCAAGACUCGGACAAUGAAAUCAUCUGGUAG